AUGUCUCUUGGCUUUUCCCUGCAGGAAGCAAACCUGAAGCGGGCAAAGAGAGGGGACCUGAAGGUGAGCGUGCACCGCAUGGAGAUCGAGAGGAUCCGCUUCGUGCUCAGCAGCUACUUGAGGUGUCGGCUGGUGAAGAUAGAGAAGUUUUUCCCCCACAUCCUGGAGAAGGAGAAGUCUCGAGCUGAAGGGGAGCCCUCCAUCCUGUCACCAGAGGAGUUUGCUUUUGCUAAAGAGUACAUGGCGAACACAGAGGCUUACCUGAAAAACGUGGCCCUAAAACACAUGCCACCCAACCUGCAGAAACUGUCUCUCCUAAAAUCAGUUCCGAAGCCCAACCUGGACUCCUUUGUGUUCCUGAGGGUGCUGGAGCGGCAGGAGAACAUCCUGGUGGAGCCAGAGACGGAUGAGCAGAGGGAAUACGCCAUCGACCUGGAGGAGGGCUCCCAGCACCUGAUCCGCUACAGGACCGUGGCCCCGCUGGUGGCCUCGGGCGCCGUGCAGCUCAUCUGAGGGCAGCGG